AUGGCUUCCGACGACUCCCUCCACCCCCUUGCCGAGUCCGGCGUGACGAUCCGGUCCGACAGCGAGCAGUACUCUCAAGGCGAGGAUCUCACCGAAUCACCUCCCUCGUCCAACUCGCCCAUCAUCCUCUACAAGCCGCCUACGUUCUGGGGCCUGGUUCGCGGGGCCGCUAUCAACCUGUUCCUCCCCUUUAUCAAUGGCAUGAUGCUGGGAUUCGGAGAGCUAUUUGCACACGAGGCUGCCUUCAGGCUAGGAUGGGGCGGCACCAAGGUGUUCCCCUUGUCCCGGAGAACGGCGCACGCUAUUGGCCCCGGCCUUGAGAUUCGCGACAAGCACCGGAGGCCCUCUACCGGUCUCGACGAUUUGACGAGCUUGGAGUGA